AUGAUGAUUUCACCAGGAGGUGGUGGCGGACACCAGUCGUCAGCCGCUGCUGCAGCCGCGGCAGCUGCUGCGGCUGCAGCUGCAGCAUCCUCUGCAGCAGCAGCGGCUGCCUCUUCAUCUUCCUCAGCUGCAAGUAGCUUUCUGCACUUAGGUGAUGUGGUGUCGCUGUACUCAGAAGGCAGUGUGUCAGGAUUCUUGAGCACCUUGGGUCUGGUGGAUGAUAGAGCUGUUGUUUGUCCAGAGGCCGGUGACUUAAACAACCCACCAAAAAAAUUCCGAGACUGCCUCUUUAUGAUGUGCCCAAUGAAUCGGUAUUCAGCACAAAAACAAUUUUGGAAGGCAGCAAAGCAACAACAGCUGCAGCAGCAUCAGCGUUUGAGUGGCAAUGGAUUUCCGCCCGGAAUAGGACCAUUAGGACCAUCUACAACAGUAGGGCCUCCGAUAGCCACAGAUACUGUUUUAAUCAAGCGUUUACAUCAUGCUGCUGAGAUAGAGAAGCGCCAGAAUGAGUCAGAGAACCGAAAACUAUUGGGGACUGUAAUCCAGUAUGGCACUGUUGUACAGCUUCUACAUUUAAAAUCCAAUAAAUAUUUGACUGUAAACAAGCGCCUACCUGCCCUGUUGGAAAAAAAUGCCAUGCGUGUUUACCUUGAUGCAAAUGGUAACGAGGGCUCAUGGUGGUACGUGAUGCCGUUUUAUAAACUGCGUUCUACCGGUGAUAAUGUUGUUCUUGGAGAUAAGGUCACCAUGGUGCCGGCCUGUGUUGGCGGCGGUGGCGCAUCACUCGGUACACCUGGUUUGGGAAGUGCCAUGGGUAGUACAAUGGGAUUUGGCUUCGGUGGAAGCAGUGGAUUUGGUGGAGGAGGAGGAUUCGGUGGCGUUGGUUCAUUUGGCGGUAGCAGCUUUGGAGGUGGUGGCUACUAUAAUCAUCAACAACAACAAGUUGCAUUGCAUGUUGCUGGAAAUUAUGAGCUUCCCGAUAAUCCGGGUUGCAAAGAGGUAAAUGUUGUCAACGCUGCCACAGGCUCGUCCAUUCAUCAUCAUGUUCAACACGGUAACAAUCAACAGAUUCAACAGUAUCAACAGCAGUCAUGGAAGGUAACUUUAUUCAUGGAGCACCGUGAUAAUCAAGACGAUGUGUUGAAAGGAGGAGAUGUUCUGCGCUUAUUUCAUGCUGAACAGGAAAAGUUCCUUACAAUGGAUGAGUAUAAAAGACAACAACAUGUAUUUUUACGAACAACUGGCCGGACUUCAGCCACUGCAGCAACGUCAAGCAAGGCACUGUGGGAAGUUGAAGUAGUACAGCAUGACCCUUGUCGUGGUGGUGCCGGCCAUUGGAACUGUCUAUUUCGGUUUAAGCACCUUGCAACAGGCCACUAUCUAGCUGCUGAGAUAGACGACGACGAAACUAUGGAUCAAAUGCGAUCAAAACUCAGAGAUGUUCAUGGUGGACCUGUAUAUCACUUGGUGUCAGUGCCACAUUCGAACGAGAUAUCUUCAUUAUUUGAACUUGACCCUACAACACUGUAUCAGGGCCGAAGCGGUCAAAGUAGGAUGGCUGCACGUCAAUUACAAUCGGGUGGCACUCCAGCAUAUGGUGGAUCAUCCGGAACGCAAGCAAUUUCAGGUUAUGGUGGUGGUUACGGCACUACAGCAAUGGCUGCAAUUCAACAUCAUCAACCUGCCAAUUUAGACUCAGUAGUGCCGCAGUCGUCAUAUGUUCGUCUCCAUCAUUUGUGUACCAAUACGUGGGUCCACAGCACAUCGAUUCCCAUUGACAAAGAUGAAGAUAAGCCAGUCAUGUCCAAAGUUGGAUGUGCUCCAGUCAAGGAUGACAAAGAGGCAUUUGCCCUGAUACCAGUAUCCCCGUCUGAGGUACGAGAUUUGGACUUUGCCAAUGACGCAUGUAAAGUGUUGGCGUGUAACAGUGCUAAGUUAUUAGAACACGGCUCGAUAUCAGCUAAUGAAAGACGGGCUGUCACAACGCUACUUCAGGACAUUGUGUACUUUGUGGCUGAUAUGGAAAAUGAACAAAACAAAUCAGAAGCAUUAGAAUUAGUGGUAGCGAAUCCAAACAGAGACAGACAAAAAUUGCUCCGUGAACAAGACAUACUCAAGCAACUUUUCAAGAUACUACAAGCUCCAUUUGUCAUGGAUAAUGUCAUAAACUCUAAUAAUGGAGGAAACAACAGUGGAAGUGGUGGUGUACGUGAGGGUUGUGGUGGAGUAGCUGCAGCCGUAUUAAUAACAACAACAGAACCUCCAGAUGGAGAUAAUCAAAAAUAUGCAGCUGCUUACAAAUAUAUGUUCCGGCUAUGUUAUCGAAUACUACGACUUAGUCAGCAUGAUUAUCGGAAAAAUCAGGAAUACAUAGCCAAACAUUUUGGGUUCAUGCAAAAACAAAUAGGUCUUGACAUCCUUGCCGAGGACACAAUAACAGCGCUGUUGCACAAUAACCGAAAACUGCUAGAAAAACACAUCACAGCUGCUGAAAUCGAGACUUUUGUUGGCCUAGUACGUUUAAAAAAUGGCGGCGGAGGAGGAUUCAGUCAGUCAGCACCCAGAUUCCUUGAUUACCUAAGUGAUUUAUGCAUAUCGAAUAAGAAGGCCAUUGCCAUCACACAGGAACUUAUCUGUAAAAGUGUGCUGUUAAGUGGUUCUCGCGACAUUCUGAUAGAAACCCGAAUGAUGAAGCAAUUGCUGCAGCGUCAACGCAGCAAAGGAGGAACAGCUCCUCCAUUAAAUAUCCACGAACUGACUGACAUUGAUUUUUCGGAUUCUGACUUAAAUGAUGACCAAGUGGUCAUGUUAUCUUGGAAUAAUGGAAAGAAUUCCAAAUCAUUGGUUUCCCUAUCAGCAGAGGCCCGUCGCUGGCAGUUACAGCAACUACAGCACCUUCACCAACAUAACAAAGCUGGUGCGGCUGCUACAGCAGCAUCAAAAAACUGCAAUGGUUAUGACGAUUGGCAUCUGCUUGAAUACUACAGACAUCAAUUGGACCUAUUCUCAAAUAUGUGCCUAAACCGUCAAUACUUAGCACUGAACAAUCUUUCACCACACCUAGACAUUGACUUGAUACUUAAAUGUAUGGCUGAUGAAAAUGUCCGUUAUGAUUUACGUGCUUCAUUUUGUCGGCUAAUGUUGCACUUGCAUGUAGAUCGUGACCCUCAAGAACCUGUCACUCCUGUCAAAUACGCCAGACUGUGGUCCGAGAUCCCGUUAAAAAUAAGCAUUGACGACUACGAUAACAAUAGGCGGUUAAACAAUGAUACGGCCGCCGCUCAACAAGUACGUACCAGGUUCAGCUCUACCAUAGCAUUCGUUGAAGACUAUUUGUUCAACGUAGUUGCAAAAAUGUGGAAUUUCCAAGAUGCUCAACAAAACAAGUUAACUUUUGAGGUUGUCAAGUUGGCCAGAGACUUGAUUUAUUUUGGAUUCUACAGUUUUGGUGACUUGCUCCGACUCACAAAAACACUUUUGAGCAUUUUAGAUUGUGUGUCAGAAAACGACUUUGCUGCUGUUGGCCGUGGUAAUGGCAGUGAUAUCGUUAAUAGUGUUUCAGCGGCUACAACAACAGCAUCGACAACAUCGGCAGAUGUGCAAGCUGAAGGAAUCGGUGCUAUGAGAUCAGCAAUUGGAGACGUUGGUGCUGUAGUUACUGGAUUAACGCUUGGUGGAAGUAGUGGACGCAGGCACCCCCCACCGCUAUUAAAUAAAUCGAAAUCCACAUUGAGUAUGGUUACCACUGCUACGACAGGUUCAUCGUCCUCAUCGCUACUACACCAGCAGACUGGGGGCAGUGGUUCAACAAUCGUAAGUGGUGAAGCGUAUCCUCUGGUCAUGGACACAAAGUUGAAAAUUAUUGAAAUAUUACAGUUUAUAUUAGACGUCCGCCUAGAUUACCGCAUAGGAUGUUUGCUGUCAAUUUUCAAAAGGGAAUUUGAUGAAAUUGAAAGAUCUGCGGCGGUUGCUGCAGCAUCCAUUUCAAGCCUAUCGCAGCAGACGACAACAGGUAUAGGGUCAUCAACAACAUCUACCAGUCCUACAACGGCAUCUUCCACAACAUCAUCAUCAUCUGUAUCUUCAUCAGCAUUUAUAGAUCAUCACUACCAUAAGUCAAUCGAUUUGGAACGGGUAGGCGCUCAAGCCGAAGGAAUAUUUGGUGAAAGCGAAGAGUGUGGUGGUGCUGCUUUGGACCUAGACGACAACGGCGGCCGAAUGUUUUUGCGCGUGCUCCUGCACCUGACCAUGCAUGAUUACCCUGCCCUAGUCUCAGGAGCAUUGCAUCUGUUGUUCCGGCAUUUUAGCCAACGACAGGAAGUGUUACAAGCAUUCAAACAGGUGCAACUUCUGGUGUCAGACGCUGACGUUGAAUCCUAUAAACAGAUAAAAUCUGAUCUAGAUGUGCUACGGCAAAGUGUCGAGAAAUCUGAGUUGUGGGUUUACAAGUCGAAUAAACCGACUGCUGCUACAGUAGCUGCUGGUGGUAGCCAACAAUUACAUAAUGGCAAUGAUGAACAUCAACAACAAACAUCUGUGUCUACCACUCAAAUACCUAUGACCAUGACAGAUGGUACCACACCAGUAGUCUCGUUGUCAUCUGUGAAUGCCAAUGAAACUACACAAUCGCAACCGAUAGUAGUGGAAGGCACCCGUGUGGCUCAACCUACAAAUACUACUGAAAAAGCAUCCUUCGAUAUUUUUACAGCUGAAGGUAGUGGUGGUGGCGGUGGUGAAGAAGAAUUUGAAGAUGAUGAAUACAAAAAAAUACAAAAGAUUCUGAUUCGAAUGAAUGAACUGUGUGUUACACGUGUACCUUCAUCGGUGGGUAUUGGGUUACAGACAUCAUCUUCUAGAUCAAAUUUAUCCAUUGGAACUCCAACUAGCUUAGCCACAACAGCACUAAUAAAAAAACCCAAAAAGCACGAACAACGACUAUUACGCAAUGUUGGCGUACAUACAGUAGUGUUGGACCUUCUGCAGGUGCCGUACGAUCGAAAAGGGGACCGGCGUAUGGAUGGUCUGAUGGAAUUGGCACAUGAGUUUCUUCAAUCAUUUUGCUUGGGAAACCCGCAAAACCAGCAUUUACUCCAUGCACACCUAGACUUGUUUCUUAACCCUGAGAUUCGGGACGCUCGUACCGUUUGUGCUAUAUUUAAAGAUAACCCAGUGUUGUGCAAUGAGAUUGGUGGCGGUGGUGGUGAUAAAGUCGUCCAGCAUUUUAUACACUGUAUUGAGUCACAGGGAAAACGGGUCGAGUACUUGGAGUUUUUUCAGACAAUAGUAGGCUGUUGUUCGCCUGCACCAGGGUCCACCUCAGUGUCUGAUACCUCGGUUCAGGAACCCGAAAAUUACUACUAUGGUAGUGGUGGCAUGAAGCAGCGACAUGGUGCAGCUGCAGCUGCGGCCGCUGCCAUACAGAAGCAGCAGUUUAUCAGGAAAUCACAGGACAUGGUUAUGCAAGAACUACUUAAUGCUGGUGAGGACGUGUUGGUAUUUUAUAAUGACAAUAAGGCAUCGUUCCAACAAUUUGUGGAAAUGAUGCGAAGUGAACGUGAUCGACAGUACCGGGAAGACGUGCAAAUGCUGGUAGUGACAGCAGUAGAUUGUAGAAGAUCCACUGAUAAACAACAGGAGGUCAACCAAAACUUACCUAAGUCAGCUACAGAUAUCAGGGAAGCUGUGCCUGCAGAAGACUGCUCUUUACAAGAAGGAGUGGUGGCGGCUGAAGAAUUGGAAAAUGAAGACAAUAACGAUCAUAAUGCUUUGAGAUACCACGUUGAGUUAGUUAAACUGUUAGCUUAUUGUACUAUGGGUAAGAACGUGUACACGGAAAUAAAGUGUCAUAGCCUAUUACCAUUGGACGAUAUUGUCGCAAUGGUGUCACAUCCAGACUGUAUACCAGAGGUGAAAGAGGCAUAUGUCAACUUUUUGAAUCACUGUUACGUGGACACCGAAGUUGAGAUGAAAGAAAUAUAUGCUUCAAACCACAUGUGGACAGUAUUUGAAAAGAGUUUCUUGCCUGACAUGAACCGUGUGGCAGACCAAGUGGCCGCUGCAGCUAUAACCACCUCGCCGCCAACCAUCGCCAGCGUUACCCGUACCAAAUCACAUAGCAAGCUGGUAAAAUACGUUUGCGACUCUCUGAUCACUGUUAUUGGUUCGUUUUUCGGUAGUCCAUUUUCAUCAACAGCUGCAGCAGCUGCUGCGGCAGCAGCUGUAUCAACUGCAUCAUCACCGGAUCAUCAUCAUCACCACCACCGACUGCAAACUGGUGCUGACGACAAUGGCAGUGGCUCUUCGUCGGCAAUAACAUCGUCUGCUACAUUUACCGCCAACACUAAUGCUACCUCUGUUGUACAAGCUAGGCAGCCAAUAUUCGUGCAACUCUUACAAGCUGCAGUUCGCGUACAUCAACAACUGACUGCUGCUGGCCAUUUGACCAUCCAACAGCGAUUCAAUGUAGAAAACACGAUACGCACACUUUCGGACUACGCCAAAAAUAUGUCAAUUGACCUGCCUGCACAAUUGCAAACUCACAUCAAUGGUAUAUUCAACAAACAAUCACAGACCUCCUCUGGUGGAGGUGUGUCAGGUGGAACUUCGUCACCAUCUGCACUAUUGCUGCGAAGACAAACAACUAAAUGGUUGCAAGCGGCAAAGUCAACACCCAAAAAGAUGAUUGAAAGAUCACAAUCACAGUUGAUCCGAUUAGAUAAGAGCAUUGUUGAGGGGCUGCAGGACAUAGUUCUGGUAUUAGAAGACCAACUCAGGCCAUUAGUCCAAGCUGAGCUAUCACUGCUUGUCGAUAUACUAUAUCGCCCGGAACUUUUAUUUCCUACCGUGGCUGCAGCCGCAGCUGUUGGUGAUACAGCUUCAGUAGCAGUAGCUGCUGCAGCAUGUGGCGUAACUGGUUUCAUCAACAGGCUCAUUAAACAUACAGAGCAGUUGUUAGAAGAAAAAGAAGACAAAUUAUGUGUUAAAGUCUUAAAAACUUUACAAGAAAUGAUGGCUAUAGACCUGGAUUACGGUGAUAAGGGUGAUGCACUGAGGCAAAGCUUGCUAGUGAGAUACUUUAAUGGUGGCAUAGGCUUAAUGGGUGUGGAUAGUUCAAGUGAUAGCGGAAUAGACACGUCUGAGCUAGAAGGCAACGAUGGCAGCACCAAUGUUACUGAUGACGAUGAAGGUAACGAUGAUGAUGCUUCUACAACUUCUGGCAGCCGCCUCAUAGGUUCCACUGCUACUGGAGAUUCUUCGACAAAAACGUUGGCUGCCAAUCAUCAGCAACAUUUACCUCCACCACCAUCAACAACUUCAUGGUCGCCCCCACCACCAAUAUCGUUUAGAUCUGAACAGCAACAACAACAACACAGAGUCACUCAUGGACCGGGUGCAAAAUUUUUGCAGCGAGCUGGGCUUACUUUACAUGAAGUACAAACUCACCUAGACAGAGAAGGGGCGUCCGAUUUGGUUGUUGAACUCAUUAUAAAGUCAGCUGCAGCUUCAGCAGCCGCGGCAUCAAUGUCAGGAAGCAGUGGUGGUGGUGGUGGUGGUUCCGUCGGUGGAUUCUUUGGUUCAAUCGGCAUCGGUGGAGUUGGUGGUAAUUUUUUCGGCAGCAAUUACUACUUUGGUAGUGGUGCGGGAGCAAGUGGUUUUGGACCAUCAGCUUCGGCUGCAGCUGCAGCUCUCUCCGCGUCCCCGUCUUACUCAAUAUUUGUCGAAGCUGUGCAGCUGGGCGUUGCUCUGUUGGAAGGUGGCAACCCCGUUGUUCAGCGUAGCGUUUACAACAAACUAUUGUCACCAUUACCGCCAGGUACAGCCGCUGCCGCUGCUGCUGCAGCUUCCGCCGGUGGUGGUGCUGGUGGUGGAAGAAGUGGUGGCGCAAGUCCUACUGACCCAUCAGUGAAUUGCUGCCAACUAUUUUUCCGAGUUUUUUAUGACAAAAUGCGUGACGCCCAAAACGAAAUCAAGUCAACAGUUAUAGUUUCGGUAAAUACAGCAGCUACGACAGCCGCAGCUCAGGCAGCCCAACAGCAACAGCAAGAGGCUGAAAUGGCUGCAGGUGGACGACGUAUGCCAGCUAUGAAUGGUCAACAAAACCAUGGUGGUCAGCGACGGCAAAACAACCGUUUUGAUCGGAGUUCCGGUAAAAAAGGUAAAACUACAUCACGAUCCAGAGGUGUUGGAGGGAAGCGUCGUAUAUUAAUGACGGAUGAGCUGCGUGAAGAACUGGCGCAAGCUGCCGCAGCCACUAGCCACGCUUACGCGGUUGGUGCUCGAAAUUUGUCAGUUGCGUCUUCAAUUAAUUCUGCUACUGGUGAACGAGAUAACGAUGAUGACGAUGAAGGACACUUAUCGUCGAUAGCUGAUGAUGGUAACGGCACGGCGGCUGAUAGACUUCAGCGAGCUGAUGAUUCGUACUACUACUAUUACCAUAGGCAGCAGGAACAGCAACAGCAGUACCUGCAACAACAACAACAACAACAGCAACAGCUGUUGUCGCCUAAAAUCCUGAUCAUGCAACCUAUACUACGUUUCUUACAACUUCUAUGUGAAAACCACAACCGUGAUUUACAGAACUUGCUUCGAAAUCAAAACAACAAAGUGAAUUAUAACCUGGUAUCCGAAACUUUGAUGUUUUUGGACUGCAUAUGUGGUUCGACAACGGGUGGCCUAGGCUUGUUGGGUCUAUAUAUCAACGAAAACAAUGUGUCACUCAUUAAUCAAACGCUUGAAACCCUAACAGAAUACUGUCAGGGACCCUGUCAUGACAAUCAAAAUUGUAUCGCUACGCAUGAAUCCAAUGGUUUGGAUAUAAUCACAGCACUUAUACUUAAUGACAUAAAUCCAUUGGGAAAAACGCGCAUGGACCUGGUACUGGAGCUGAAAAACAAUGCGUCUAAAUUGUUGUUGGCCAUCAUGGAGAGCCGAGGGGACGGUGAAAACGCCGAGCGAAUUCUUUACAACAUGAAUCCUAAGCAGUUGGUUGAUGUGGCAUGUCGAGCAUACUAUCAACAGCAAUACGACGUGACAGCGUCGUCAGCACGCCGACGGCGUCGAGGUGGUAGGCUGGCGUACGGUAUCGACGACGAUUAUUGUGACGAUGACGACGAUAACGAUGAUGAUGAUGGAGAUGAAGAAGACGACGAUGACCAAGAAGACUGUGAUGAAGAAGAUUCCCAUAUUGAAGAUGUACGACUUGGCAAAGGGGCGUCUAUCGGCAGUGGCCGUAGUCGUGGUACCGGUGGCACAAGAGGUGUAGAUGGUGACUGUGAUGACGAUGACGAUGAAGAUAGGGGUGUGUCGCCAAAAGAAGUGGGCCACAACAUUUACAUAUUGUGCCACCAGCUAGCGCAGCAUAAUAAAGAGUUGGCUGGUUUAUUAAAACCCAAUAGCUUGUACUGUAGUGAAGUCGAAGGCGUUCAGGCAACAGGUGGACAAAAUCAACAACAGCAGCAACAGCAACAGCAACAGCUUUUACAACAACAAAACCAAGUUGAUCCUCGAGUCAACCGAGCCCUAGUGUAUUAUGCGUCGCAUACUGCCCAAAUAGAGAUUGUCCGGCAUGAUAGAACCCUAGAACAAAUUGUGUUUCCUAUACCGGAGAUUUGCGAAUACUUGACCCACGACACUAAAGUCAAGAUCUACAAUACAGCUGAACGCGAUGAUCAAGGAUCAAAAGUUUCCGACUUUUUCGAGAAGACGGACGACAUGUUCAAUGAGAUGAUGUGGCAAAAGAAGCUGAGAGCUCGGUCAUCGCUGUUUUGGGUUAGCAGCUUCAUGUCCUUGUGGAGUAACAUUUUGUUUAAUUGCGCCGUGAUCAUUAAUCUUAUCGUGGCAUUUUUCUAUCCAUUUGACAACGGUGGUAGCAGUAGCAGUAGCAGCAAUGUUGACGACGGGCAACGCCGUCGUAUGAUAUCUGCUUUGGGUGGCCAUGUUUCGGCGGCUGUGUGGCUUGGACUACUGGCUUCAGUCAGCGCAGCUGUGUUUUUAGUGUGGGCUCGAGACGAUGAUAAUGCUGAUGACGUCGACGAUGUCGAAGACGACGAUGAAGAAGACGAAGAUAAUGGCAGUGGAGGUGACCGAGACCAACAACAACAGCGGAAAACGACUCGACGUCGUCGACAGCAGCGCCGGCGCAGGCGCAGGCGUACGUUGCUGACUACCCGGACAAGCCGACGAAGGUGGACGGCUGCAGUACGCACCACUUUGGUUGUCACCGCCAUCCUUCGGUUGAUAUUGUCCGUUGGCCCAGAACCCACACUUUGGUUAUUGGGUGCGAUCACGGUAGUUAUGAAAAGUGUGCACAUUAUCAGUAUCAUGGGCAAUCAGGGUACGUUUACCAAACGUCUGGGUCAAAUUUUGGCUUCGGCCGAAAUUCUCUACCAUCUGAUGUACAUCAUGUUUUGCAUACUCGGCCUGUGCAUGCAUCCGUUUUUCUAUAGCGUAUUGUUGUUGGAUGUUGUUUACCGCGAAGAAACAUUGUUAAAUGUCAUACGUUCGGUUACACGCAAUGGACGGUCUAUAAUAUUGACCGCUGUUUUGGCUCUCAUACUGGUCUACUUAUUCUCCAUAAUUGGCUACAUGUUCUUCAAAGACGAUUUCCUAGUGCAAGUUGAUGAUGAUGUCGUGUUUGACACCAAUGGCGGUGACAACCAGCAAGCUUGUUCGGCAGCAGCAGCGGCAGGAGAUGAUAUUGACUGCGGCGAUAGUGGUAGCAGCUUGACAAGAUCUUCGGUGUCUGUAGAUGCAGGUGGUGGUGACCGGAAAGAAAGAGCUUGUGACUCGUUAAUCAUGUGCAUAGUAACAACAUUAAACCAGGGUCUGAGGAACGGUGGUGGCAUAGGUGAUAUACUUCGAGCUCCCAGCAGUCAGGAACCCCUUUUUGUGGCCCGCGUUGUUUAUGAUCUGCUAUUCUUCUUCAUUGUCAUUAUUAUCGUUUUGAACUUGAUUUUUGGUGUCAUCAUCGACACAUUUGCUGACUUGCGUAGUGAAAAGCAACAAAAAGAACUGAUACUGAAAAACACAUGUUUUGUGUGUGGACUCAACAGAUCCGCAUUUGACAACAAAACCGUGAGUUUCGAAGAGCAUAUUAAGUGCGAACACAACAUGUGGCACUAUUUAUACUUUAUUGUUUUGGUAAAAGUAAAGGACCCUACUGAGUUCACCGGCCCUGAAAGUUAUGUGUACGCUAUGGUCAAAGACCGUAAUUUAGACUGGUUUCCGCGCUUAAGAGCAAUGUCACUGCUGAUGGCUGCCCAAGUGGAUAGCGAAGGCGAACAGGUUGAGCUUAGAGGUUUACAAACACAGUUAGAAACUACACAAACUUUAGUGGCGUUACUAUCACAACAGCUUUCUGAACUCAAAGAACAGAUGACAGAACAACGAAAACAGCGACAACGAAUUGGACUAUUAAAUUCAACCAGUGCAUAUUACGGUGUUGGUGGGGGCAGUAGAGUCAAUGUUUUACGUCAGCAGAAUCAAGUGGGCAUAUUAUAA